AUGGUCCUUGCAUCUCUAUUCACUGCUGCCGCACUUUUCGGCUCGACCUUUGCUCACUUCUCCCUUGUCUACCCGCCCACGCGCGGUUUCGAACACGACAUUGAAGAUCAAGCACCAUGCGGCGGGUUCAACAAUGUAACGGCACGAACACCUUUCCCUAUCGGUGAUUCAAAGAUUGCGCUCCAGUCCUCCCACGACGCGAAUAUCCUCGUGAUGAUCUCGUUUGCCGAGUCGCCGUCGAACAUUACCAGUUUUACGACCCAAGCCAACGGACAGCCUCGUAAUCCAGUCGAGAAUUGGUUCAGGAUCAGUGGCAAAGACGUUUGCCGAGACAUUGAUAUUGCAUCUGGCAACUAUACUGAGGCGGUUGAUGGAGCAAAUGCAACGCUACUCGUACAGUACGUUGGAGGCGAUAGCCCGCUGUUCCAGUGCUCGGACAUUGUUUUGAGGACGAAUGCCUCGGUCCCGAACAACCUAACAUGCACGGGCACUACUUCGGAGAACACGAGCAUACCUGAUCACCAUUCGUCGACCGCUACUUCUACCGCUACGUCCACACCAAAUGGAGCGAAUAUGCUCUCAUGUGCCAUUGGGUCGGUGGUGGCCUCAGCAGUCGCAUUGACAUAUCUUCUCGUGUAA